GUUUCGUGUGCAACUGCUGAAGUUUUCAUUUGUAACACAAGGGAUACAGAAGCAGCACCUUGGCUUUGAGGCUUGCUGACCUAGGAAAUCUGGCCAUGAGCAGUGUAAGUGUCCUUGGUUAAGACUUUAAUUUUUUCUGUCUUGUAGAGUCCUAGGAUACUGAAGCAUACAAAGAUCAAGUGGUCCAUGUAAUAUUGUGUCUUUGUGUUUCCUUUCCUCCCUCCCUGUGUGCUCUGGGGAGGAGUGAGAUUUUUUAUGAUGUCACAGGCUUCCCUCUUUGCCUGGGCUGAGUGAAGUUUCACUCUGCUAAAUACCAAGUCUGCAUGUGCUGCCAUGUGUCGAUCAGGGAAGACCAAAUGAUCUAGCAGUGUCUUACCCCGAGGGCUGAAUUUUUAGCCCUGCUUCUCUUUGGACUAUGAUGGAGGAAUCGGACUGCAGAAACCUUACCCACCUAAGUCCUACCGAUAGCCCAGCCAUCGCCGCCGUGAUGUUCUCUGCUGGCGUGGUGGGAAACGUGAUUGCCCUGGUGCUGCUGGAGACUCGUCGCAGGGAAUUUCGAGGGAAUAUUUCUCUAUUCUUUAUUCUGGUCUCUGGACUGGUUAUCACAGACUUACUCGGCACCUGUAUGAUCAGCCCUGUAGUCAUGGCCUCUUAUGCGAGGGGGCUUUCGCUAGUCGAAAUGGGACUUUGUAAGUAUUUUGCAUUUGCCAUGACUUUUUUCAGCUUGGCCACCAUGAUGAUCCUUUUUGCUACGGCAUUAGAGCGAGCCCUGGCCAUUGGGCACCCCUAUUUCUAUGAGAAGUUCAUCAAGAAGCGUUGCGGGGUCAUCACCUUCCCAGUAAUCUAUGGCUUGUCCAUCUUCUUUUGUCUCUUCCCAGUAAUGAACUUUGGGGAGUUUAUCCAAUAUUGUCCCGGGACAUGGUGCUUCAUUGACAUGAAGAGUCGAAAUACCAACUCCAAUCUCAGCAAUAUCUACUCCAUGCUUUACGCCACCCUUCUACUCAUCCUCAUCAUGGCAGUGUUGACCUGUAACCUUGUGGUCAUUGUCAGUCUGGUCAGGAUGCACAAGAGGCAGAAGACCCGUAGGAUUGGUUCCAUUACUGCCAAUAAGCGUGACAGGAUUUCCAUGUCUGAGGAGAUUGACCACCUUAUUCUGCUGUUCAUCAUGACCAUCACCUUCAUUAUCUGUUCGCUACCUUUUACGAUCAGGGCAUACAUCAACAGAGCUGCCGAUGACAACGGUGAAGACACACUGGACCUUUUAGCGCUCCGAUUCCUUUCUGUGAAUUCUAUUAUAGACCCAUGGAUUUUCACCGUCCUGCGACCCUCUGUUCUCAGAGUGAUGCGUUCAGUUAUAUGCUGCCAGACCUCUUUCAAUAACAAGAGUAUCUCAAACUUCCCCUCUCUCAAUACUCAUCUAACCACGAACACCAAGAUAAAUAUAGACACUACAUAUGGGAGUGCUCAGGAAAAGGCUUUGGCUGAUGGGGAGAAAAUUGCAUGGGGAGAAAAAACAGACACAUAACAAUUCUUUUGGUCUAAAAAAAGGUAGAUGCAAAUUGCAUCUGAAAAGCACUUCAGAAGGCAUUUGGGCACUUACAGAAGUAGAUUCUGACUAAGAGUUGGUCAAAUUGUUGUAAAAUUCUCUGUAUGGGAGCGAUAUGAAAACAUGGAAUCUACUCUGCGGAUACCUGUGGACAGUGGGGCAUAAAGAGAGAGCAUGACAUAUGGUUUAACGCUACACCAAGAACCCUAUUAAUGAUGGUGAUGCUUGGCUGCUUCCACAGCUAGUAGUGAUGAGCGAAAUUAAGACAUUGCUCUUCACCAAAAAGUCUUCAGAAAUAACCACUUUGGCUAAAUCUAUGGAAGAUGCAAUAGGAGAGGCAAAACAUAAGAAUGAAGGUGAUUUUGGUUGGUUUUAUGGGCACAUUGAGCUUAAAAUUGCUUCUCGGGGUUAUAGAGGCACUCUUUGUUCAACUUUUUUUUCAUGCGUAUCAAAACCCGAAAACAAAAACUCAGCCUCAGUCCUUGAAUAAGGCGGCUGGUUUUAUUUUUUCAUUUUUUUUUUAUCUGAUGAUCCAGCCAGUAACACACUUCUCGACUUGGGAUGGCUCCACUCAACGUAGGAGUAUUGUCAAUCUGGGUAGAGUUUAAAUACACUAGCAGAUUUGUAUGGACUCCUUUCUAUCCAAAUUGUUUUCCCCAUCCAUCUCUCUAGCCAUCUUUCUUGUUCUUUCUCUUAUUCUUUCUCUCCCUUUUUUUUUCUUUGUUCAUCCCCCUCUUUUCCUCUCCCUUCAAUGUAUUCUCUAUAUUUAUUCCUCAUCUUACUCCCUGGUUGGGGGAGUUGGGAUGAGUGGCAGUGCUGGUGGGGCGUGGGAUCAGUGGCAGUGCUGGGGGAGUUCUCAUCAGUCAACUU